UCUUUAAUGUUUGUCGGCUCCGGUUUCUGGCAGUAGUAUUAGAAUAAUACUAUUACAAAAAAAGAAGCUGUGGUGGAAAAAUUUCCUUUGGAAAUAAAUGUCAAAGAAAAAUUGCUGAAAACUUUAUUACAAACGAUAAGAAAUAGUGUAUAUGUCGUGAAAAACUGGGACAAUCAACGAAAAUUGUAUAAUUUCUGCAAAUUAUUUAACAAUUGGAAGCUGAAAAGGCAUUUUCCAGCAAAAUGAGUGUGCUAACAUAUCCACCCACAAACGAAGAGGAAAUAUUUCGCCAUUGUACCAAAGAAUGCGGCAUCAUAACAUCUACAGAGGAUCAGCAAUAUUUUGCGCUUGGAUGCCUAACAUGUUCGGAGAAAUUUCUGUAUUUCGACGCUUUCAUAGAACACAUGCAAACAAUGCAUGUGUCCUAUGACAAUAGUAGUGGCAGUGUUUAUAGCCGUAACUCAAACAAUGGUGAAAGAAGUAAACUUAAACGACGUCUGGAAAAUGAUAGUGAAGAAGAUUUGACGACAAUGCUACUGCCACCAGUGGUGAUGAUUAAAGAGGAAAAAGUAGAUGAGGAUGAUGAUGGAAAUGGAGCUGUUAUACAAAAUGAGCCUUUGGCUAACGAUGAUGAUGAUGAUUAUACCGGAGGUUACUACAGUGUUAAACAAGAACAAACAGAUCCGGAAGUCAGUAUGGAAGUUGGUGAUUCCAGUUAUAUGGGUGACUCAUUUGGUAGCUACAAUGAUGAAUAUGCCGGUGAGGAUGAUGACCUAGAACAAAGUAAUAAUGGUGAUGACACCAACUAUGAUGAUUUAGUUGAAGAAUCUUUAUUGGAGAAUACCGCCUCUGUUGGCGUCACCAGUCAUAUAAAAGAUCGCAAAAUGAUACAAUUCCUAAUUGACGCUUAUCGUCGUAAUACAUUUCUGUGGGAUCAUCGUCAUCCACAAUUUCGUGAUCGUGUGCGACGUAGUCAAUUUAUCGACUACAUAAAUUCCGAAUUCAAAAAACGUUUUAAUCUUACUCUCGCUAAAGAUGCCGUCACUCGAAAAUGGGAUAAUUUACGGACGGUAUAUAAACGUGAAUGUAAUCGUAUGGCAUUGGAAAAAACAAACGUCAGUACAUUGUGGUAUUUUAAAGAAUUACACUUUCUAAAUCGCCUCUAUGGUGGUAAUCAAAAGAUAUCGGAUGCUGUUGUUAAGGAAACCGUAUACCGCAGACGUUAUUCAGCUUUAUGGAAUGAUAUAUCUACCAAUAAAAUGCUACAGUUACUGAAAUGUUAUCCUUGCUUCUAUGACAAAUACAAUAUAGAUUAUCGUAGUAAAGAGAAGCGUGGAGAAGCCCUUCAAAGAAUGGUCAAUGAAUUGGUAGGAUAUAUAGAUGUAACAACUAUACAAAUUUCCAAGCGUAUCUCACAAUUGCGUUUUGAUUAUUCGAAACAAAAACAAGAACGUUUAAUGUGUGAAAUGAGUGGAAGAGCCUUUUCGCCCACAUACAGUUACUAUGAAGCUAUGUUUUUCAUGGAUAAUGAUAUAGCACCAUUCAAAUGUGAACACUGUCCCAUGAUUUUGAAUUCACCACGUGAAUUGGACACACAUUUGCUAACACACCAGCAUAAAAUACAACAGCAACCUCAUCCUGUGUCUGGAGCUUCAGCAUCAAAACUAUAUCACUCUGGAGUAGGUGGAUCAAAUAUGGGUGGUUCCAACUACUAUUGUCCAGUUUGUCAGCUGGGCUUCAAUGAUUUAGAACAAUACACACGACAUAAGCAAAUACAUCCUGCUCUUAAAGAAGUUAAAUACUACUGCGACUUGUGUACGGCCAGUUUUCGUGAAAAGAGCAAUUUUGACGAACAUAUGCGAAGGCAUAAUGACGAACUUCUAUUGCCCGAUUUAACAUCUAUGAACCCGGAUGAUGGUGAGGAAGAAUUAAUAACAGACGACAGAAUAGCCAACAGUUCACCCACACGAUCAGAUGAUGGACGCGGUUUUCGCUGUCACUAUCCCAAUUGUGCUAAACAGUUUAAUACACGCAACACUAUGAUGGAUCAUGUCAAGUCACAUUAUAACGAGGAGGAAUUCAGCUGCGAUAUUUGUGGUAAGGUAUUUAGAUCUAUUAAGAAUUUACAAAAUCACAAACAAAUUCACGAUGCUGUUAAGAAAUAUAUUUGUAAAAUAUGUGGUUCAGCUUUUGCCCAGGCGGCUGGUUUAUAUUUACAUAAACGGCGACACAAUAGACAACAACUAGAACGUACUUAAGCUUUUAAAUAAUUUUUCUUAAAACUUAUCAUUCAAUCAUUACUGCUAUAUAUUACUUUUAGUUUUUGUUUGAUUUAUUUUCUAAGUGUGCACAAGAAAUUUAUGUAAGAAUAUAUAGGCCUUAUUCGUAAACAAAUUUAAAAUUUAUUAAAUGUUUUAAAAAACUAAAAUUUUAUAUAAAAAUUUUGUUAAAAAACUUUCAUAAAUUUUAAACUUUAUUGUGAAAGAGGCAAGUAAGAGAGUAUUAUAGAACUCUAGAAAAUAUCAAGGACAAACAAACAUUCUAUUUAUUCUAUUUAUGUACUUUUUUUUAUUUAUUGAUCCUAAUAAUAAUUACUUUUUUUGUUAUAAAAGAACUGUUGAUUUUCAAAAUGUCUGUUUAAGAAGAUUUGUCUGAAUGUUUGUCGACAAGGUGGAAUUAAGCUUAACUCCAUUUGGGUUUUUUAUUUGUAAAGAGAUUAAGAUAUAUUUGAUAUAAAGAAACGACUUAAAUAAAUCUAAUGUUUUCGGUGUAAAAACUAUUUUUCCGAUUUCUUUCAAAAGUAAAACUUUUUGCUUUUGUCCUUAUGUAUGUAAAAAUAAAAUGUUAAAUGCAAAACAUGAAUCUUCACAAAAUUAUCAAAAGUGGUACAUACCUGCUAAAUUCUUCGUUUAAUACCUAUAAUGGAUAUGAAUGUUUAAAUGUAUAUAUAAAUAAUUUAUUUUAAUAUUUUAAUAAUAUAAUUUUUGUUUUUUAACAAAACAGCGUUCCAUUGGUGGUUUUGUUUGCCUCCACUUUAGAACUAGGUAAUUUAGAAUAAUUUAUUGUGAUCAUUACAAUUUCCACCCAAAUUGUCAUCAACUGGUUAUAUCUAGGGAUUUCUUUUUAUAUUUCUUAACAUUUCGUUAAUAAAUCAAAUUAACAUGUCUCAUUAAACGCUAUUUCAAAACAAAUAAUUGAAUAUAACCAAGUCUGUGAUGAAAAUCGAUUAAUUAAUGAGAAAAACUAUCUUUGAAAUUCAACAACAGUUCGUGUAUUAUUGUGAAAUUUCUUGAUUUUUACUACACUUAUUUUUAUAGAGAGAUUUUUUCUAUUUGCGAAUGUCAACAAAGUAUGUAUUCAAUAGUAGGUACAUUUCUGUUUGAAUACUAUUGAGUAGUAUUCCCUAGUACACCUGUAGUACUCAAAUUUAUAAUAAAAAUCUAUCUAUUUGUUGCUAGUGGGCAAGUGUGAAAAAUUUAAUACUUUAGUACUUUUUGGUGUUGAAAAGACCAUAUGAUAAUCAAUUACCAGGCUAUAGUAUAGUCUAUAACAUAAUCUAUAAUAUAGUCCAGUCAAUAGUCUAGCCUAUUGUCAAGUCUAUAUUUUAGUAUAUAGUCUAGCCUAUAGUAUAAUCUAUUGUCUAAUGUAUAG